ACUCUUGCUCCCAACACUAUACCAUGGUCAGAACCGCAGACGUCGUCCUCAUUAUUGUCGCAAUCCUCUUUCCGCCGGCCGCCGUAGGCUUCCUUACUGGGUGCAGCUGUGAUCUCCUUAUCAACAUUGCCCUAACCAUUUUGGGAUAUAUACCAGGUCACAUUCACGCCUUUUGGCUCAUCUACAAAAAGAACAAGGCUGAAGAGCGCUACGGAAGUGGCGGCUACCAGUAUGUCGGCAAUGGCCAGUACGAGCCCCUAGGUUCAGGGGCCGUCCGUGCCCCAAAUUAUGGAGCAACUAGUGCUUAGCACUUCCUAAGUCUUUGUUGCUCCACCCGGAUAUACCAGACAGGAAAAAGGAAUGGACUCUCGUUUUUUCAAGUGUAUUGUUCUGCUCUCCUGUAGCUCUUCUUGUCCAUCAUCGCCUCGACUGUAUGCGCUUUCUCUGGAACAGACAAUUCACGCUGUUAUUUGUACAAUAUUGAGUAGAUCACCGUACGAACGAAUCAUGUUACCUUUCUAUGCGUACACCGACUAAAACUAA